AUGGCCUCUGCCCCGCUCCGGGUCGGCUACGUGCCCGAGCAUUUUUCCACCCCGAUCCACUUCGCCAGCAAGCACUUCGGCCUUGAUGCCAAGCUGGUCCCCUUCCCCUCCGGCACUGGCCACAUGAUCACGGCCCUCCGCUCCAACGAGAUCGAUGUCGGCAUCGGCUUGACCGAGGGGUGGGUCGCCGGCCUGGGGAAGGACGACGUCCAAGGGGACGGCGGCUACCGACUGGUGGGCACCUACGUCGAGACGCCCUUGUGCUGGGCGGUAUCCACAGGAGCAGCGCGGCCCGAAAUCUCGAGCAUCGAUUCCCUCAACGGCCGCAAGAUUGGCGUCUCCCGCCUGGGCUCCGGCUCCUACGUGAUGGGUUUUGUGCUCGCAGACCAACAGGGAUGGCUGACCCAGAAACCCGCGGAAUCCUCGACGUCCUCCUCCCCCUACUCCGGCUUUGUCGUCCUCAACACCUUCGAGAAUCUGCGCAAGGCAGUCAACUCGGGCGAGGCAGACUUUUUCAUGUGGGAGCACUUCACCUCCAAGCGGUACUACGACUCGGGCGAGAUCCGCAAGGUCGGCGAGAUAUACACCCCCUGGAGCAGCUGGAAGAUCGUCGCGGGCACCAAGCUGGUCCGCGACGGCCAGCUCGACCUCAGGCUGCACAACCUGUUCGAGAAGCUCGACAAGGGCAUCCAACACUUCAACGCCAACCACGAAGAGGCCGUCGAGUACAUCAGCACCGAGCUGGACUACUCCGAGGAGGACGCCAGGGAGUGGCUGAAGACGGUCAGGUUUCCCACCCGCACCGAGGGCGUGGACUUGGGCGUGGUGGACAGCACCGUCGCCACCCUGCGCAAGGCAGGCGUGCUUACUGCCGGAAGGGGCAUAGUAUCGCCCAUGGUCGCCAGGCAGCGGCCAAGCACUGCUCCCUCGUCGUGA